UUCACACUUGCUAUUUAUUAUUAUUCGUAUACAUCAGUAAAAAACACUAACAGUGUUUGUUCGUAACGACAAUCAGAACUCCUUUAAACAACCAUUCUGGGUUCACAGCAUAUUUUAUGAUCUUUAUAUCACAAAGGAUACAAAGAUAAAACAGUGGGUUGGCUGUGGCUAGGAGAAUGUUUCAACUGAAGGGGACUCAUUGGGGGCUGGUAAGUAAGGGGUCUCUGGCCCUAACGCAGUCAGCCCGCCCAACUUUCGUUGUGAAGAUAAGUGCACGCGCAAGGCCACGUCGGUAAGCGCAACGUCCGCUUCCAGGCUUUCGGUUUCCUUUCCUACCUUUUACUGCGUUUCUCAAGCUUCCGGGACAGCGAAGCCUGGCAGCUCGCUGCAGGAAGAAAGCCCCACGGUGGACCAGACGCUCCUGUCACCUUCUCUAGGAAGACUUCACAAUUCACGCACGCCUCCACGGGAAAGGAUUCUGAAAGAAAUGAAGAAAACCAUCAGAAAUGAAGUCAGUUGCCUCUUGGCCUUCUGUUGACUGGAUUAAAGUCUUAUUAUUAGAGUUCUCUGCAACGACACUCUACAGCAUGACUGCUAAGCUCAUCAAUCAGGUCGAAGAGGCACUUGAUGAAGAUGAGAAGGAGAUGCUUCUUUUUAUGUGCCGGGACAUUGCUGCAGAUGUGACUCCACUUAAUGCCAGGGACCUUUUGGAUAUUUUAAGUGAGAGAGGGAUGCUGUCUGUCAUGGAUUUGGCUGAGCUGCUCUAUAGAGUGAGGCGGUUCGACUUGCUCAAACGGAUCUUGAAGAUGGACAAAAUGGCAGUGGAGGCCCACCUGCUCAGGCACCCUCAUCUUAUUUCGGACUAUAGGGUGCUGAUGACCGAGAUUGGUGAAAAUUUGGAUAAAACUGAUAUGUCCUCAUUACUUUUUCUCAUGAGGGAUUAUACAGGCCGAGGCAAGGUAGCCAAGGAUAAGAGCUUCUUGGAUCUUGUGAUGGAAUUGGAGAAACUAAAUCUGGUUGCUCCAGAUCAACUGGAUUUAUUAGAAAAAUGCCUAAAGAACAUCCACAGAAUAGACCUGAAGACAAAAAUCCAGAAAUACAAGCAGUCUGCUCAAGGAGCAGGAACAAGUUAUAUCAAUGCUCUCCAGGCAUCUCUCCCAAACUUGAGUCUUAAGGAUCCUUCAUAUAACUUAAGACUUCAGAAUGGGAGAAGUAAAGAACAAACAGUCAUGGUCAAACAACUUAACAUGCAAAGAGAACCAGUGAAGACAUCUAUUCAAGAAUCAGGAACAUUUUUGCCUCGGCACAUGCCAGAAGAGAGAUACAGGAUGCAGAGCAAGCCCUUAGGAAUCUGCCUGAUAAUUGAUUGCAUUGGCAAUGACGCAGAAGUUCUUCGGGACACCUUCACUUCCUUGGGCUAUGAAGUCCAGUGUUUCUUGUAUCUGAGUAUGGACAGUAUAAUUCAGAUUCUUCACCGAGUUGCCCAUACGCCUCAACAUCAAGACUAUGACAGCUUUGUGUGUGUCCUGGUGAGCCGAGGGGGAUCCCAGAGCGUGUUUGGCGUGGAUCAGACUCACUCAGGGUUCCCCUUGGAUCAGGUCAGGCGGAUGUUCAUGGGAGAUGCAUGCCCUUCCCUCUUAGGAAAGCCAAAGCUCUUUUUUAUUCAGAACUACAUCAUGUCAGACAGCCUUCUGGAGGACAGCAACGUUCUGGAGGUGGAUGGGCCAGCAGUGAACAAUGUGGAAUCCAGGGCCAGGCAACCUGAGCCCUGCACAGUUCACCGAGAAGCUGACUUCCUCUGGAGCCUGUGCAAAGCAGACGUGUCUCUGCUGGAGCAGUCCUGCUCACCAUCUCUGUACCUGCAGUGCCUCGCCCAGAAACUGGGGCAAGAAAGAAGACGCCCACUUCUGGAACUCCACAUUGAACUCCAUGACAGCGUGUAUGACUGGAACAGCAGAGUGCCUCUUCAGGAGAGGUACCACGUCUGGCUGCAGCACACUCUGAGAAAGAAACUCAUUCUCUCUUGCAAAUGAAAAGCAAAAAGGUCCAAAGGCCCUUUUUAGCCCUGCAUUCUGUAUUACUAGCCAGAAAGUAGUUUUCAGGCUAGUGUGUGAUGUGGGUGAAGUGAGAUCCUGCCCUGUGCUGAUACCACCGUCUGUGAGAAAUGCUUGACAGGGAGGAGUAUUUGACGAUAGCUUCUGAGGCUAUAGUAAUCAUAACAGCAUCGCAUUGGCAUAAAAACAGACACAUAGAUCAAUGGAACAGGAUAAAGAGCCCAGAAAUAAAUCCAUGCCUUUGUGGUCUUUUAAUCUAUGACAAAGAGAGCAAGAAUUUACACUGGAGUAAAGACAAU